GCGGCGGCGGCGGCGGGGCGGGCAGCAUGGGUCCUCGCCGCGGGCUUCGCUGAGACGCGCUCGCGUGGGCUGCCCGCCCGGGCCGCUGUGGUCGCGGCGGCAUGAAGGGCGCUCUCGGGAGCCCCGUGGCCGCCGCCGGCGCCGUGAUGCAGGAGAGUUUCGGCUGCGUGGCGGCCGGGGCUGGUCCCCGCGGAGGCAGGAGCCCGGCCGGGCCCUCGGGCCACCGAGCCGGCGCGGGCCGGAGGGAGUCGCAGAAGGAGCGCAAGACCCUCCCGGCGCCCGGCGCGCAGGGGCCCGACAGCCCCGGGGGUGGCCUGCGGUCGCCGGGCCAGAAGCGGACCCCUAGAAGAGGGGAGCAGCCAGGAUGGAAUGACAGCCGUGGGCCCGAGGGGACGCUUGAAAGAGCCGAGCGGAGACCCUACAGGGAAUACCGACCCUAUGAGACCGAGAGGCAGGGGGACUUCACAGCUGAGAAGUUUGCGGAUGAAAAACACAGGAGACACCGAACAGAGUCUUAGACUCUGAACCAAACUCAAAAAGAACAAAAAAAUCAGAACAAACUUUAAAAAAGCAAAAAAAAAUCAGAACACCCAACAACAUCAGU